AACGUUAAAAUCGGUUUCUCUCUCUCCUUGUUUUCUCUCUCCUCUCUUUUUACCCUCCAAAUUUUCUCUCGCCUCUCACCCAUUUCUUUCCGAGCCCAAUUCCAAAAACACCAAAUUCACAACCUUUAUAAUCCUAAACAACUCCAAUUUUUCUCAAAAAAACUUCUCAAAUUUCAUAAAGAAAGAAAGAAAGUAAUCUCAAUUGAAAUUUUCUGGGUUUUCAUACUGAAGAACAAAAGCAAGAAGAAGACAACGAAGAAGAAGAAAGUGAAUAACAAAAAGCAAAGAUUUGUUUGUUAAAUUAUAUAUAUGGCGGCCAUGGCUCCAGAAAGAUCUAGAACUCUCCAUAACUUCUCUCUUCCACCUCGCUUAAACUGGGGAACUCAAAAACUUCUUCGUUGCGCAAAACUCAACAACAACGAAAACAACAACAAUAAUCCUACUUCUUCCUCAAACGACACCGUUUCGAUAAAACGACGAACUAGUACUCAUCAAAACGCGGCGUUUCGAUCUCCACAACCACCACAACAGCAACCACCACCACCGCCGUCGUCGUCGUCGAUUCGAGAUGAGAAUAAUGAAAUUGAAGUCAUUACAGAGAAGCUUAUGUUUGAUUUUCGCUCACAAGUAGAUAAGUUUCGCGCCACUUUUCGUAAUAAUUCCGAUUUUGCCCCUCCGCCAUUGCCGGAAUCUCGACCGUGGAAUCUACGUACUCGUCGUUCUCCGGCGACUGUUGAAAUUCCGUCGCCGGAAGUUGGAUUUUCCGGUGGCGAAAGAUCGAAGUUUUCGGUUUCGAUUUCGAGGCAAGAGGUUGAAGAUGAUUUUAUUGAGAUGAUUGGGAGAAGACCUCCUAGAAAACCUAAGAAACGUCCUCGUUAUAUUCAGAAACAAUUGGAUACACUUUUUCCGGGGUUAUGGUUGUCGGAGAUUACAGCUGAUAUGUACAAAGUUAAUAACAAUUCAGAACCUUCUAAGUGAAAAUGAAGAGAAGGUGUUGUGAAGUUUUGAAGGUUACUACUGUUCAUUGACAUUGGUAAAUUAGGGUACUCAGUAGAUAAAUUACUUCUGUUCUGGAAUAUAUAGUAUAGUAGUGUUUGUGAAUCAUGGGUUUCAGGGAGAAAGUGUUAGUAAUGUUCUUGCAUAGUUUGGAGUGAGUGUAAUUAGAAUUGCAACAUAAUAUAUUUUAGUUUCUUUGCAUUUUCUUAUUGUUGAUCAAUCAAUACAAUUGAUAUUGCUUCUCA